AUAGAGCUACGGACGAUUUACGCGGCCAACAACAACGCCCGUGGCCACUACACCAUCGGCAAGGAGAUCGUCAAUCUAGUUCUGGACAGGAUCCGCAAACUGGCCGAUCAGUGCACCGGUCUGCAGGGCUUCCUUAUCUUCCACUCGUUCCGUGGAGGUACUGGCCAGAGCCAGAGCAUCACCUCGCUACUGAUGGAGCGUCUCUCCGUGGACUACAGCAAGAAGUCCAAGCUGGAGUUCGUCGGGAUGAGGAAAUUUCCGAAGUCAUCAAAUCACUGCCAAUAAAGAAGCCUCCUGGUAUCGACAAUGUCUGUAAUGCCACGUUAAAAGGACUACCUAUCCGAGCUAUUCUAUACAUGGCGCAAAUAUUUAAUACAGACUCCAGGAACAUAUACGCAGCGCCCACUCUAACGCCCACA